UUUUUUUCCUCUGAUAAUGGAAAAAUACUCCCUGGGCAGGUGCCAGAGUGUGUGCCCACCCUCAUGUUUUUAAUGGGAUGAAAGCUUUGAGAAGACUGAGCUGUGUGAAAAUUUAAAAAGGGAAACCUCACUAAAAUGGAGUCAGGAAAUGAGGAAGAGGAACACUUGACAGUCAGUACAAUCCCAACAUCAAGAGGCAUACUUGGCAUACCUGGCGGGAAGUGAGACUACUACUGCCAGCUGGAGGAAAAAAUGAUUUUCUCCUUGCCUGGCAACAGCUCAGCCAAUGAGAGACUGUCACAACUCAACCAAUGAAAAGCCACUAUACUUCCAACUCCCCGUGUCUUCCAAUGGGCUUUUUGUUUCUAAAAGCCCCACCCAACUUUCCCUUCUCCUCUGUAAAAGAGUCUCUUCUCCUUUGCUUAACAGGACUUGUUAACAUUACACGGAGGUUUCACUGAGAUCCAGAGAAGACCCCCAACAACUCUGAGGCUGGUGAGCAAACAGGUGCUGGUACCCACAGAUCCCACAGAACUCACUGCUUUCUCACCAACUUUGCAGUUUGAGGCUCCGCCGAUUUUCCCUGCUCCCUCCUCUGAGCCUAUCAGAACCUGCUGCUUAAAGUUAAUCUCCUGAGGAUUGAAAUAAACCCCAAAUUACUUCUGUUCCCUGGACUAAGCCAAAUUUGCUUGGUAGAGCAAUCUUCUUCAUAGUGCGCUCUUGGGAGACAAAGACCUUAAGCAUCACACCUUUCAACCUGGAGAUUUCAUGUACUGGAAAAGACACCUCGAGAAGGACUGUCUUCAGCCUCACUGGAAAGGCCCCAUCAGGUACUGCUAACCUACCCUGUGCCUCCAAACUUCAGAGAACAGACUCUUGGAUUCAUGUGACACAUCUAAGAAAGCACCAGACCCUAACUGGACCUGCACACCAUCUGGUGACCUGAAGGCCUGUGCGUGCGUGCCACCCCGCCGCGGCCAUGGCCCUGGUCAGCAUCAGCCAGCUGCCCGAGAACAUCCUGCUGGAGGUGUUCACGCACCUGCCCGCCCGCCAGCUGCUGCUGAACUGCCGCCCUGUCUGCAGCCUCUGGCGCGACCUCAUCGACCUCGUGACCCUCUGGAAGCGCAAAUGCCUGCGUGAGGGCUACGUCACUGAGGACUGGGACCAGCCCGUGGCCGACUGGAAGGUCUUCUACUUUCUGUGCAGCCUCCGCAGGAACCUCCUGCGCAACCCGUGUGCCGAAGAGGAUAUGAGAUCCUGGAAAAUCGACUCCAACGGAGGGGACCAGUGGAAGGUGGAGAGCCUCCCCGGGGCGCAUGGCACAGACUUCCCCGACCCCAAAGUCAAGAAGUACUUUGCCACGUCCUAUGAGAUGUGUCUCAAGUCCCAGCUGAUAGACCUCAAAGCCGAGGGCUACUGGGAGGAGCUACUGGACAAGUUCCGGCCGGACAUCGUGGUUAAGGACUGGUUCGCCGCCAGAGCAGACUGUGGCUGCACCUACCACAUCCGAGUACAGCUGGCCUCGGCCGACUACAUCGUCCUGGCCUCCUUCGAGCCCCCGCCCGUGACCGUCCAUCAGUGGAACGAUGCCAGGUGGACAGAGGUCUCCCACACCUUUUCGGAUUACCCUCCAGGUGUCCGCCACAUCCUCUUCCAGCACGGGGGCAAGGACACCCAGUUCUGGGCAGGCUGGUACGGUCCCCGCGUCACCAACAGCAGCAUCGUCAUCAGCCACAGCAUGAGCAGGAGCCCGGCCCCCCCCGUGGCUCAGCCCUAGACCAUGCAGGGGCCAGAGGAGGUGCCCCACCUGCCCUCCCCCUCCCCCUCCCCCUCCACAGGCCCUGACAGUCUGUCCUCUGACAGCCAUUCAU